AUGGUCUCAAAGGCGGCGCUGGUUCGCGACGGCGACCUCGCCACCCUCCCUACUUCGGCCUUGGACACUUUUGAAGACCGUCAUAUUGGUCCGGAUGGGAGCGAAGUCAAGCGAAUGCUAUCCUCCCUCGGGUAUGAGUCCAUGGACGCUUUCGUAGAGGCUACGGUGCCCUCGAAGAUCAGAGUCGCGUCGUCGUCUGUGAGCAACGACACCAUCGCUUCUCUCAGCGAGUCCGAGCUCUACGGGAGGGCGAGAGAGCUUGCGAAGGCGAACAAGCCAUUCAAGACGGUCGUACCACCUGUUAUUCUGCGUAAUAUCAUGGAGAGUCCUGCUUGGUAUACCCCAUAUACCCCGCGCCUCGAGUCACUGGUCAACUACCAGACUAUGAUCAUGUCGUUACGUCGAUGGAUAUCGCCAAUGCUUCGAUGCUCGACGAAGCAACCGCCGCAGCGGAAGGAAUGGUAUGGCUUUGCGUCCACAAACCAGAAGAAACGCGUCUUCCUCGUCGACAAGGGUGUUCUUCCUCAGACUAUUGCGGUUCUACAAACUCGUGCUAAAGGCUUCGGUAUCCAAUUGGCCGUUGGGGACAUCUUCACCCUUGCCAAGGACGUUCAUCGGAUUCUACAUCUGCGGUGCAUUGCUGAACUCGCUGAGACUAUCCACAAAGCCGGAGGAUUGGUGGUCUGUGCCACAGACCUGCGAAUGGGGGCAGACAUCGUCCUCGGCAACUCUGCUCGGUUCGGUGUACCCGCUGGCUACGGUGGCCCGCAUGGUGCGUUCUUCGCGUGCACGGAUAAGCUGAAGCGCAAGAUGCCCGGCCGUCUCAUUGGCAGGAGCAAGGACGUCUACGGCAAACCCGCAUACAGAUUGGCUCUGCAGAGUAAUCAACAUUGCACGGCGCAGGCCCUUCUUGCGAACAUGGCUGCGAUGUAUGCUGUCUACCACGGUCCCACCGGCCUCAGGCGUAUCGCGGAGAAGGCGUACGGCUACAAGGCGAUCAACUCGGAAUUCUUCGACACAGUCACAUUCGACGUCAGCGGUGCAGCGCAUGAUGCGGAGACCAUCCACCAGGCAGCUGCGAAGGCGACAACGUCCGACACUGAUCAAAUCUUCGCGUCUGCUGCUUCGGUAGAGCGCCGCUCACCAGCGACCUCGGAGUCCUCAGCUAUUCCCCAGACCCUCCAGCGCACGUCGACGUACCUCCCACAUCCCCACGAGCAGCAUGAUCCCGCUGACUGGCCCGAGUUCUCUAACGUCCAUCCAUUCGCGCCGACCGACCAAGUCAAGGGUUACAUCGAGAUGAUCAAGGAAUUGGAGUCUGACCUGUGCAAGAUCACCGGGUUCCACGCUUGCUCGGUGCAGCCCAACUCGGGUGCUGCGGGCGAGUACGCUGGCUCUCCUCAUAGGGACAUUUGCUUGAUACCUGUCAGCGCACAUGGAACGAACCCUGCAGUAAACCAUGCAGAUGGUAAUCUCGACCUUGAGGACCUGCGAGCCAAGGCGGAGAAGCACAAGGACAACCUUGCCGCGUUUAUGAUCACGUAUCCGUCGACGUUUGGUGUCUUUGAAGAUGGUGUACAAGAUGCCUGCAAGAUCAUCCAUGAGAAUGGAGGUCAGGUUUACCUGGAUGGUGCGAACCUGAACGCUCAGAUCGGUUUGACGAACCCCGCGACGUGCGGCGGUGAUGUGUGCCACAUGAACCUUCACAAGACGUUUGCUAUCCCCCAUGGUGGCGGUGGCCCGGUGCCCAUCUGCGUAGCGGAGCAUCUUGCGCCCUUCCUGUCCUCCCACCCGAUCGUGGCUACUGGCGGUGACAAGGCCAUCAACGCUGUCGCCGCUGCCCAGUACGGAAGCGCGUCCAUCCUCCUGAUCUCCUGGGCGUACAUCAAGAUGCUCGGUGGAAAUGGCCUCUCGGCUGCCUCCGCUGUUGCACUGCUGAAUGCGAACUAUAUGGCACACCGCCUCUCUGGACACUACACCCUGCGCUACAAGAACGGGAACGGCCGUGUCGCCCAUGAAUUGCUCAUCGACCUUGCCGAGUUCGAUAAGGCUGCUGGGUUGAAGGUCACUGACUUUGCGAAGCGUCUGCAGGACUACGGUUUCCACCCGCCUACAUGUUCAUGGCCCAUCUCUACGUGCAUGCUGAUCGAGCCUACCGAGUCUGAACCCCUGGAGGAAAUUGAUAGGUAUGUUCAGGCGAUGCAUCUGUCUCGUCCAGCCCUAACCAACAUCGACCACCAGCCGAAGGAUAACAACCCUCGACUUCCAUCUGUCGAUGUCUCUUGCUCAACGACGUGUCGCAGACCUUACUCGAGACAAACGGCGGCCUUCCCAAUGCCAUGGCUGAUGGAAAGAAGUUCUGGCCGACAGUUUCCCGCAUCGACGAUGUGUGACUGUCCUUCCGUCGAAGAGACAGCUGCCCAUUAGACACUUCAUAGACAUGCCCGGGAUGCAUCACUCUCCUGAUACUCCUAGAUGAGCUUGCACGUCCGUGACGUUCAACCGCCGCGCCAUCUGUAUAAACAUUAGUAUGCUAUUGUAAUAAUA